CUCAGGGCAAGUAGCCAUUUCUAAGUCAGGUUCCUCAUCUAUAAAAUGGAGAUGUAAGACAAAAACCUGCUUCUCAGGGGUCAUAAAGAACAAAGGUGGUUUAGAUGGAAGAGCCUCGCACAAUGCUUGACAUAUGGACACACAGAAACUGCCUACACAAUGGGCUCAGCACCAGACCCCCUUAAGACCACGUGACAGCCAGAAAACGGUGGAGCGGGGCCCUUCCCGAGGAGGGAAUCACAGCUCAUCUCCAGAAGUGGACGCCGGCAAUUCGCAGUUGGCUGGACAGGAGCCGGAGGCCCCAGUGGAGGUGGGUCCCAGACCCGAAGUCAGCCUACGGCAUGGAGAAACGCUACCCACGGCCGUGGCCUCACCUGGGAGGCGUGUCAGGACCUGUCCCGCUUCCCCCGAUCCACCCGCAGCACCUCCUGCGCCUCAAGAAGCCCGCUCACUCCUCCUCGGGCCCAGGGCAGCCCCCGAGGCGGGCGUGCGGGCAGGAGGCCCCGGGAGCGCAGGAACCUGA